AUGAUAAUAUCAUACCUGAUUUUAUUAAAGAAUGCGAAAAGAUUCAACUAUUUUUACAGAUUUUUGAAAAAGAAAUUGAUUGAUUCAAGUUUUUCUGCGGAUGAUGAAUUUUGUUAAGAAUUAUUAACCAGAUUUGCUGGAAUUAAACCUCCUUAUCUUUCCGAACAUGAGUUAUGGGAAAAGGAUAAAAAGUAGAAGGAAUACGAAUUAGUAGAAGUUAAUAAGUCUUAAUAACUUUAAGUUCAUUAUCCUAAUUAUGAAUAAGGAAGAGGAUGAAAAGGCAAAGAAGGAAUUACAUAAAAAAUUAUAAACUAAGAAGCCAUUAGAUGGAUAAUUAGAAGAAUUAUAUAAAAAGAUUGAAUUAGAGAAAGCUAAGGAAGAGUCGAGGAUGAAGUGUUUGAAGGAAAGAGAAUUGAAAUAAUUGAAAUUAUAAUAUUUGAUCAACAAGAAUUGA